CGGGCUUGGCGUGGAGUGAUAUCUUUCUUGGAGASGAUGGASGAGACGAUGGUGUUGUYAGUGCGGAYGGUGAAGUAUUGYCCGUCGAGGUACGGGCGCCAGACUGUGAGGGCGUGAAUAACGACGAGGAGUUCCUUCUCGUUGGAGGGGUAAUUCAUCUCCGCGGGAAGGAGCUUCUUGCUUGCGAAGGCRAURGGGUAUUCGCCAGGUGGAGCCUCGGGGUGAGUGGGCGAGUCCUUGAUGGAGGGGGUCUCGRCGGUGUSSCGGGGGAAAUGUUGGGACAGUACGGCUCCGAUGGCGAAGUCGGAGGCGUCAGUGGUGACAUAGAAAUGGUGAGUGGGGUCGGCGAUCUUGAGGACAGGGGCCGUGGUGAUSGUUUGCUUGACGGAGACAAUAUGGCCGAGGUAUUCGACGCUCGAAGUGGCAAACGUACAUUUGCUGAGCUUGGCAUAGAAUUUUUGCUCUCGGAUGAUCGCGAGAACUUGGCGGAGGUGCUGAAGGUGGGACUCGAAGGUGGGGCUGAAGACAAGGAUGUCAUCAAGGUAGACAACGACACAAACUUCAAGGAGGUUGCGGAAGAUGUGGUUCAUGGUGGAUUGGAAGGUAGCGGGGGCAUUGGUGAGUCCGAAUGGCAUCACGAGGAACUCGUAGUGCCCGAACCGAGAGCGGAAGGCGGUCUUGUGAGUGUCCUCCUCGCGGAUACGGAUCUGGUGGAAGCCACUACGAAGGUCGAUCUUGGUAAAGUACUUGGCUCCACGGAGACGAUCAAGGAGCUCGGAAAUCCGAGGUAGGGGGUACUUGUUCUUGAUCGUGAUCCGGUUCAAGGCGCGGUAGUCUGUGCACAUGCGGAGCUCCGAAGUU